AUGCGUAUCAGCGCCUAUCGUGUGUUGGCAACCAGCCUCGCAUUCAACAAUGCAGCUGUGGCAAGUGUUUGCAAGCCCAGAUCAUCUGCGGCCACCCCUUUAUCACUAUCAACGACGGAAGCAUUGAGUUCCGCGUUGGUUUCAGCGUCAACAACGGUCAUGACCUAUGGUGCAUCUACUAGUGGUGUAUUCAUUGGUACUACAACUUUCGAGGCAGUCGUCUCGACAGAUGAAAGUUCUUCCACCGAAAAGGAUACUGCCGAAUCGACAACCUCGACCGAAACAUUAUCCACAACAGCUGUUGCGCCAGACACGACCACUGAAGUCCCAACAUCUGCGUUGACGGCUACGUCUUCGGCAACUACCUCUGAUGCAGCACUUCCGUCGUUCAUCAUAUCACCUUUUCGUCCCCCAUUUACUGGUCAACCCAUUCUAUCGAAUAGAGUAAUGGGAAACUUGCUAUUCCUUAGUGUAGUGAACAAACCAGAGUACACAGCUGGGGUAUUCACGAUCGAUCCCGAAAGUGGACAUCUUCUAUUAGACAACAAACAGCCCGUUUGUGCAAUCUACGGCCAAGACGAUUCCAACCCAUGGCUGGAGGUUUGCCCAAGGUUCCUUGCAGAGGAGGAGGUAAUGAUCACAUGCCAGAUUAUUGACUCUGAGCUGGAAUCAUCGGGCUCUUCAUCCGUCGAAUCCAUAGCAGAAUCAGCAACAUCGAGCUUAACUCUAUCCUCAGCUUCUUACGCUGCAUUAACUAGUACCGCGACAGACGCUGUCAAUACCAAAGCCACGACAGUCGUUGAAUCCGCCUCUACUGUAGAGGUUACCGCAACCGAAACUGCCACUACCGAAGUCGUUACUACAGAAGCAAGCACCGCCGAAACCACUGCAACAUCCGGCACAAUCUCAGAGCCUGUCGAUCUUCCAACCACAGUUGACGCGACGACUGCAGUUCCGUCAAACACCGCCGUACCAUUAUUCCGUGUCACCGCCCAAAGCGGCCCAACCGGUGGUCAAACUCUUCUAGCCGACAGAAAUGGAUACGCCGUUCUUCUCUACGAUAACAGCGAAGGUGACUUCAGCGACGCUUUCUUCGCCGUCGACCCUGUCACGCACUACCUCAUGCUCGACAACAAGCAGCCAAUUUGCGGCUACUUUGGAGACAACAAUGGGCUCGCCUACUGGGUGCAAUGCGACACUACUCCGACCAUUGAGCAGGCCAAGCUCACGUGCGAAAUCCCUACCUCUACUGGCGAUGUGCUAGAAUGCAGAGUUCCAGAGAUAAUCUGUGAUAACGAUUGCGUUCCAACAGGGGAAACAUGGAGUUUUACGUAUACAAACACGUGGGGAUUAGGCCGUUGGUCUGCUAAUCUUGGGUCUGAAUCCGCCGAGGAGGGGUACAAGACAGCACUGAUUGUCGAGUUCCUUACCUAA